AUGAUAGACGAAGGAUACUGGACCUUUAAUCAGCUUAGGAAAGAGUUGGAGGAAAACGGGUUGACACUUAGGAAAUAUCCCGAUGGAAGGAUAAGGAUCGACUUUGCUAAGGGAACAAAUUCCGCAGGACUCCGGAAUCUCACGAGUAUUCUGGGUUACCGGUCCUCCAAUGGCCCUACAUACACACCACACAUUAGCGAUCGUCCCGUGGACAUCCACGAAGGUUUGCGAUACCUUACAGUCAGUUGUAACCUUGUGAAUCGCGAGCAUAACAUCGGACCGUACGGAAAUAGGAGUACCGUCAUUACUUCCCUUCCCAUCGAUGGAACAAGACCUCUCUUUGGAACCACGACGAAAUACAACGACAUUGAAAGCCGAGUACGGGUGGAUGCUGGCAAAUACAGCGAAAUCCGGUUUGAGAUUGGAUCUAAUACCGGAAUCAUCCCCGGAGAUGUAUUGUUAGAACUUUACAUCAAAUAAAAGGAUGAGUGAGGAAAUCUUUCGGAACUACUACGGAAAGAAUUACGAGAAGGUUAAGGCGGCAGCACCCGUCGAAAUCCGGAAAAUGAAGACAAACUUCACGAAACAAUAUCCCAAUGCGACCCUAUCCAAGUUCGACUUUAAUGUUACCUUCGCCAAGGACGGAACUGUAGAGUCUAGAGACAUUUUCUACAAAGUGGAUGAUCUCACAAGCUAUGAUCUCACAUCUGACACAUUCCGCACAAAUCCGGAGUGGACCAAGUACCUGUACUGGGUAGAAGGGUGGCGUAGUGUUCGACCGGAUGCAAUCUUUCGUCCAAAUAAGGAUUUCAAGAUGGAUGUUCAUACCUUUAAGGUCUACGUUACGGAAACCGAGAAUUUCCUAACGAAACUGGAACCUAUUAAAUCAUCGUACGAUAAGCCUUCCGAAACCUUUAUCAACACUGUACCCUUCGACUACCAUUCCAAUUCCUACUUCUGUUCCCUGGCUGCAUGCUAUGUUGCUAUGUUUAAAUCCGGAAUUUCCGAGGAUCACCUGACGAACAACUUUGUCAAUUCACACUCCAACAUAGUAACCUCUAUCGUCCGCUUUCACCUUCAUUUCCACCUCUCGAGGUUUAUGCGUAAUCCAAAACUACUGGACCAGUAUCUUACAGGGGAUGAUAUACGAACCAUUAGGAAGUAUACACCUGUACGUGAAACAUGGGUUAGGAGGACCGUCUCUUCCCACGCAAACAUAGGAACAUGGUACUACGGGUUACCCGUAAGCGAACAGAGGAGGAUACGACGUCAGAAGUACCGUCUGACUAAAUAUGGAGGUUCAUUUAUCGAAUACGAAUACCUGACUGGUAGAUCACCCUUUGACGUUGAAAAUGAUUAUAAAACCCUUAUUCCCAGAACAUCCCGGGGACUUACCAAAGUUGGACAGAAAUUAUUCCAGCAGUCUAUCGAAGCAUUUGUGUAUUCCGUUCUGGGGGCACAGGCUAAAACCCGAUGGAGUAUCACGGGUCAGGGUGCAAAAAGUUUGCAGACACAAGAGGUUUUCCGUAAGGUGGUAAAAGAUACAAUUGUACAAGACGAUGUGACAGUUGCCAUCUCCGACAUGAGGACGGCUAUUGCUAACACCCAUGUCGUCCUAAAUUUUGCGAGCAUGCCGGGUUUAAUCCUAAUCCCCUCCGACCUGAGAAUCUUAGUGAAACCUAUUCCAGGAUUCAGCAAUGUUCUGACGGUAGCUAAAAACGGGAUGACGUUUGGGAAGAAUGAGAAGGUGAAUUAUACGAGUAAUCGUGUUCCUACCCCUACGAAUAAUAUAGAUGAAAGCCAUGACAUUACACUAGUUUCCGGCGUAGACGAAAGCCAUGACAUUACACCAACCCCAACCGUGGGGGACUUUAAACCCCCAGAACUAAGGCAGAAGUCUGAUACCCAAAAUAUGGCUCUUGGGAUGGCGGCAGUAGCAUCCUUUGGACUUGCAUACCUAGUAUUUCGACGUUAAAUAAAAUGAGCAUCCUACUCGGGUACGAUUACUUUGAUACAACAGCAGAGGACCUAGAUAUCUUAAAACGGAAAUUAGCAGUAGUCGAAAAGGGACAGCAGGGAAACACGGCAGAGAUUGUCAAACAUACAAAUGACGUUGUAAGACUGAAUAGCCUCGGAGAAAUUACCCUACCUCCCCGGAUUUUAUAA